AUGUCAGAAGAUCCGCCGACCUUUGCCCCCGGCACCGAAAUUAGUGCGAAGUUUCGUGGCGCUUUCUGCGAAGCCAAGAUCAAAGAUGUUUCCCGCAGUCUAAAAUGCAAGGUAUGGCUCAACUUUACUGCACUGUUCAUUUUCGAUUCUGAAUGUAUGCGAAAGCGUUUUUUCCAUGACAUCCUUUUGAAACUUAUGCACACUGUUUUGACUCAUGUUUCAUUGAAUUUGGACUUGCCUUAUGACAAUGACUCUGAGCUGGGUGCUGCCAGCUCAGAAAAGCGCGACCGCUUCGUCGCUCAGUUGUACAAGUUUAUGGAUGAGCGAGGCACGCCGAUUAACAAGUGUCCAAUGAUUGCUGGUCAGGAUUUGGACCUGUACGCGUUGUACAAAGCGGUCAAGGACCUUGGCGGUUACGCGCGUGUGUCCAACAAGAACCUCUGGAAGGACGUAUUGGAGCAGAUGAAGUACAAGAAGGUUCACGGCGCCACGGUACAAGCAGUGAAAUCAGUUAAUUCAGAUGCAUCCGUUUUGUGCUCAUUUUCGUUCAUCAGUACUACUACUGUUGAUGCUACGAAUACUUGUAGUACUGCUAAGGUGCCAACAUGCUGUUUGGUGGGAACACCUCUCAUUGGUGCAGUUCACUUCGACCCGCCUAACAGUGGAGAGGGGGAAGGAGCAGUGACACAGUUAGUGUGUAGGUUGCCUUGCACGCCGGAGUGGAGUUUCAAACACAGCGCACAGUGUGAAUUCUUUCUCAGUAAUCUCUAA